GCUAUAAAUGAUAUCUACAAAACAUCAGCCUAUUCCGAAGUUCGCGAUUUCUAAAUUCGACCAACAUAUCCCCGCUAUAUUUUCAAUUGGACAAGUUUGGCACGUGAUGUUUAAGUACUAAUUAAACAACGUAGGCGUUGACUUGUCAGCUGGUGGCUUCGAUAGGAUUUGUUGCAUUAAAAACAAUUGAACUUUAUUCAACUGCUUACAUUAUUUUUCGUAAUAAUGGCUCUCCAUUCCGCGGGCAAGGGUAAACUUCUUGCAGUAAUCGGGGAUGAAGAUACCUGCGUGGGAUUUCUACUGGGCGGAGUUGGUGAAAUUAAUAAACAUCGUCAGCCUAAUUUUAUGGUUGUAGACAAAAAUACGCCAGUAAGUGAUAUAGAAGAUACAUUUAAGCGUUUUAUUAAACGAGAUGAUAUUGAUAUCAUUCUUAUUAAUCAAAAUGUUGCAGAGAUGAUUCGUCAUGUAAUUGAUAGUCAUACACAACCUAUACCAUCGGUAUUAGAAAUUCCAAGUAAAGAUCAUCCAUAUGAUGCCAGCAAGGAUUCCAUUUUAAGGCGUGCUAAGGGAAUGUUUAACCCAGAAGAUAUACAUUAAUGAAUAUAUAUAAAAAGAAAAACGGUGACCUGUAUGUUAUUUGUUGAUAUCUAUAUGUAAUGUCACUGUUAUAGUCUGUUCAGAAAAAAUAGAAACACAUACAACAUA